AUGCUCUAGCUGCAUAUUAAAUAAAACAAAGGCCUUAUCAUCCUGUAAGUGCGGAGUAACUGGUAGAGAACAGGUUUGAGCAACAGUAGCUGACCAGCAACGCACGGGAACAGUGUCAUUCUGCAGGCUGUCCGACAUUUAAGCGAGAAAAUGAGUUUCAUAUCCUACCUGCUGUGCCUCUGCCUGCUCAGUGGAACCUUCGUUGUGGAAUCCGAAGGAACGUCUCCUGAAGCAAAGGGCGAACCUAAUAAAGAAGCGAACAGCCUCCUCGGUGGUGACAAUCCAGGGGAGAACAAUGGCACCUUCAGAGACAGGCUUCACCCUGGGCCAAUGUACCAAGUGUAUCCUGGGGCAAGGAGCGAACCGGAUAAAGAAUUGAAUAGUCUAGGGGAGGACGCCAAUGGUACCUCCGUCAGAGACAGGAUCAACCCUGGGGCAAUGUACCCGCCCACGUACCAGGGGUAUCCCAACAGUUACCCUUCAUACCCCUCGCAGUCUGGAAAUGGAUUUGGGACGUACUUCCAGAAUGGCUGCACAUGUCCAGGAGGUUACACAGGCUACAACCCGCAGCAGUACAAUCCGAUGUAUCCUCCUUACCCCUAUUUCGGGAACAAUGGCAAUGGAUACCCUUACAUGCCCCAAGGGCCAGAUCAGUUUGGAUACAACAGUGGAACUUCCCGUACUGAGAAGGCCAGUUCUCCUGUCGUGAAUCCAUGAAUCAGUUUCCUGUUGCACUGUUUCUCUUCAAGAUACUUCUGACUCAUCGUUACAUCAGAACUGAUAUUCCGUUCCGCAUAGUGGAAACAUAUUAAUGACUCAUGAUUGACAAAUUGUUAUAAAAAAGAGCAACUUGUCAAAGUAGAAAAGCGAAAUUAUCAGUCCCAAGUGCUGCUAUGAAAAUAUUGCUAUCUACCAAUACCAAGCAUGUAAUAGACAAUGAUAACUUGAGACUAUCAGGGCAAAGGUAAUUGAUAUCAUUAUGUACCGAAAAGGGUUUCAGAUUACGUUACUUAGUAAUAAAAGCCCCCUCCUGUUUAUUAGACAACAUUUAAAAAUAAACAAUAGCAGGAA